CAUUAAUUGCCAUAUAAAAUCAGUGUGCAGCACCAAUCUCGCGUAUUCUUUCGUUUGGUGCUACUGAACAAAUAUGAAAGUGCUUCUCAUAUGUUUUAUACUGACCAUCGGAUGUCAUUCGAAAGAAGAAUCAAAUGCAACCUCAACCACCACGCUAUCAUCUAUACCACAAUUUGAAAGCCUCAAGAUAGUAAAUGAAUCAACAACAGCUCCAAUAAUUAGAAAUACUACAUUAACAACUGACUAUUCAACCAAUGUAACAACAGAGCUACCAGUAGCUUUCAAGAAAAAACCAUAUAUAAAAGUAAGAAAGCUCAAAAAGAUCCACAAACCCUCACAUGCUGUUAAUAAUUACAGAGUUAAGGAAGAAAAUUUGGAUUUGAAUCGACAGGAAUCCAGGUCUAUUGGAAAUAAUCCUGAGUCUAUAGAAUCAAAUAAUCUACACAACACAUAUAAGGGUUUUGUAGAUCCUCGAAGAAACUCAUCAAAAACUUAUAAAACCUAUAACGAUUUCAUUAAAGAAGAAAGUAGGCCAACUGAUAAUUUCUUCAAACCCAAUGAAAGCUUCCAAAGAUCAAAAUAUUACCCAUAUGGACAGAAAAAAAGGGGACACCCCUACUACCAAAUCUUGAAUAAAAACAAUUCGGAUGAUAUUAGACAUACUGAAGAAUCUCGAAGAAAUGAAAACUACGUUCAGUUCUCUUAUAAAUUCGAACCGAUCCCUCAAGACAUUGAAACGAAUACUGAAAAUGAACAACAUGAAUCUCAAAAUGGAGGGAGAAAAGGUGGAAGGCCUUCACUUCCAGAAAUUCAGAACGUUAUCCAUACUUUGGAUAAUCAAGACAGUACCCCUAGUUAUAAGUCGCCGAAGCAGAAUCAUAUAGUUGAAGUAACAGAAGUACCUUUAGUCUUCGAACAUCACUACCAAGGUGAUUACAAGAAUCCACAGUCCAAUUUUGUGGCUCACCAGUACAGUUACAGUCCUCCUCGAGAUCCAACAAAUGAAGCUUAUAGACUUGGUAAACUUUUAUCCCAAAACGUUGUGCAAAACCUUCAGACUGCAGAGGAACCCUUGAGGGAGUAUGUUCAUGACCAACAAGAGGUUAUUUUGGCAGGUUUCACACACGGUGUACCAACUUACUCAUUCGUGAACUUCAAUCUUAACCCUCCUAAGACUAACAUUCAAAAUCCACAACACGUCAACCCACUAAUGAAGUACCUAGCACCAGAAAUCACCCCUCAAAGUUUCAGUCAAGACAUACAACAUUUCCAAACAUCUCAACUGAACCCUUACCAAAUCUUACGCCCACAUACCCAAAUGCAACCCAUCGUAGUUGCAGAUGAAGAAACACAGUCUGAUUAUGGGACUACUUAUCUGCACGCCGUUGGAGCACCACAACACCAGAAUCAAAAUCAACAAACACAAACCGAUCAACAAUUGUAUCAUCAGAAUCAAGAUCAACAAAAACAAACCGAAGUCGAUUCUGCUCCAAAAUCUCCUUAUUCGGUAAAUGUACAGCAAGAAUACGUUCAUGUUCCGAAGUAUAAAUUCACCAAUCAUAAACAUAACAAACCACAAGCUAUUCACGAAGUUGAACCACCAAAUCUUGGAGGUUUUGCAAAUCCUUAUAACUUAAACUCUCUGAGAUUCCAAAUUCCUGCUGCUGCACCAACACCUUUCCCUGAAAUUAUGAGAAAUCCUAGUUAUGAUGAGGUGCAGACUGAAGAGGAACAACACAACCAGCAGGUACAGACAGAAGAUCAGAAUAUGAAGUUGAGACUAGAAGGCCUGAUACCAACAACUAAAUUAAUUCAUUAUGUUCUUCCUCAACAAUCGCCAACAAGUACCCCUACAUUGGUGCAUCGCCCAAGACCUCAAACGCUUCCUACUAGACCUUUCUGGAGAAAACCACAAGUUAUGAAAUUGGUUAGAGUCCCUGAAAGAGUAAACCAGCACCAGGAGGCGCAAAGCUACCAAUCUCAUUACCAAGGCUUCAGAUCACCUGGUGCUUAUGAAGAUGACUCACGGACAAGAAAUCAGCAACUUUAUCAGAGCCUUGCUGAACACUAUUCAACGCCAGUAAGGAUGAACCAAGUGUUAUCGAACCAACAACACCAUGAAGAUUACUCAAACAACAUAAUGCGCCUUGUGCCACAAAAAGUGCAACAGGACUCAGGAAAUCAAUUCAAUAAUAGGCCUAUAGUGGUAGAAGACGUUUAUCAAAAUCAAAAUGAAGAAGAGCCGAGGGAAGUUUACGUUGCCAACACUUAUGACAAUCAGAUAGAUGACAACUCAGUCAAGUAUCAAAAUUUGGGUGAACAGAACUACCAAGACGAUAAACCUUCUCCUGAACAGAAUACCAAUCAAGGAAAUGUAGAGGUAGUCAAGUCCAUAUCAAAGUAUUAUCCACAACAUCAGGAGCAGAAUAACCAUGGACUAUCCAUGUAUAGAAGGCCAGUACAAGAAGAUCCACAAAUGAGUUCUGAAUUACCCAAGGGUUACCUUUCGUUCCAACAUCAGAAAAACUUUUCUAGGCCACCAAACACUAGACAUAUAAUGCCAUUAGUAAGGUAUAGAAAUAGGGAAAAUUAUGAUUCUAAUACGAGAAUACUCAAUCCUAGAAUAAGAAGAUUGGUAAACGAUCUUUUGAGAGAUAAUACUAGGCGAAAAAAUGUGUAUGUCGUAAUGACAGAAGAAUAAUGAAUAGAAGUUUUUUUCUCAUUUGGGAAUGAAUGCCAUUAGAAUAAUAUUUAGUAAUUUAUUUCCUGUUAA